AUGAAUUCCUCACACAAGAAAAAUGAAUUUGUUCAAAUCAAUACACCAAUAAUAACAACAUCAGAUUGUGAAGGUGGUGAUUGUGGUCGUAAUAGUGUCACUGCUGUACAUAAAACAAAUAUCAUGAAAGCAUCUGAUGGGUUAUUCUUGGAAGCUUGUUAUGAUGUAGCCGUAAAUUAUCCUGAUGUUAAAUUUGAUGAAGUGAUAUUGGAUCGUGCAUGUCUUCAUAUUGUACAAGAUCCAUCGAGAUAUUCUGAUACAGUGAUGGUAAUGCCAAAUUUAUAUGGAGAUAUUAUAUCAGAUAUGUGUGCAGGCCUUAUUGGUGGAUUGGGAUUGACGCCUUCAGGAAAUAUUGGAAAAGAAGCUUCUGUAUUUGAAGCUGUACACGGAACAGCCCCAGAUAUCGCUGGAAAAGCUUUACUCCUUUCGUCAAUAAUGAUGCUUCGACAUAUGAGAUUAUAUGAUCAUGCUACGAAUAUUGAGAAUGCAGUCUUGAAAACAAUUGCUGAUGGCAAAACUCUUACAAGAGAUUUACAUGGCAAUUCUACAAAUUCAGAAUUUACUAAUCAAAUUAUUAAUAAUUUAAGUUGA